AAGAAAGUAUUCUCGGGUCGCCUCAGUCUCCGGUAGUUUGGACUGACUUGACCCGCCCGAAUGGUUUCCGUCCACAAUCUCAGUUGAGACUGUCUUUCAGCCCACCGCAUAUGACAGCCGCUCUGACGGUUGCGCCACACGCCCUUUCUUUUGUGCUUUAAAUCAAUCCCGCUUUGUUUCAAUAUAAAGCUUUGGAAUUUGAUGGACGUUCUUGGCACCUUUUUUUCCACCAUUGUUUUUUCCUACUCAGACCAUAUCGCUCAACUUGCCCGCCAUUGGAACACGAAUAAUCGGUCGAAGAUACUAGUCUUUGUGAUCAAUGUAAGUGAGGUCACAAAAUUGCCGACAAAGACUUUUGGAAAAGAGCCAAAACCAGUUCUGCUUCGUUUGAAUGAGAGCCGCUGGGAAGCCGUCUGCCAUUUCGACGUGCCAGCUGAACAGCUCUCUGCUACCACGAAACCGGAACCAAAACACGCGGAGAACACCGACAAGAACCCAGAUUCGACUGCGCCAGCCACGUCAGAACGACCUCGAGGAGAGCUUCAAGACAACACCAACGAUACUGCCAAAUCAGACUCAACCCCGCAAAUCUCCACGACGAUUAAAAGGCCAGAUGAGAUUGUUGUCGACAACCUUCGCAACGCAAUAUCAAAGCUAGCUCUCGCCGUCACCAAUCUUUCGGAGGCAGCUAUUCAUAUGGAUCCUCCGCGUAGAGCAGCCAUACAGCCAUCAAUUGACGCUUUGUAUCUCGACUUCUGCGAGGUCACAAAAGAUGGCUUGGUAGCUUUUCAGUGAUGCUGUCAAGGACGAUGACCAUUCUUCUGAUGAGGGAAAUGUUGGAAAACAAGAUGCUGAUAAUGCUGCAUAUCAAGCUGCAGACCGUGAUGAUUCUGACGGCGAUUUUAAUUGAGCCACCAAGAGAUCAGAGCAAAGGAUGUUGAGAUGACAAGGGCAAGGACGUAUCAACGAUUUCUUCAAGACUUACAC